UCACCUGCCGCUCACCCAGAUCCCCCGUGUCCAAGUGCCCGGCGGUCCUCCGCCCCUGACCCACCCCCGGCCUUGAAGGGGCACCACAGCCCUAGCCCACCUCCAGAUCCAAACGUCCCUGCUCCGCGGUCCUCGGUCCCCCCGUCAUCCCACCGGACCCCUCAAGGGACACCAUCCCGCCACUUGUCGCGCUCCGGCCCGGAAGCAACGACUUCCGCUGCGGCCGAACAGGUGCGGACGCCGCCAUGCCCUCGCUCAGGGACCUGCUGCUCGACUGGCAGCGGGGCGUCCAGGCUGUGGCACGCGGAGACUGGGGCUGCGCCCUGCGCCUCUUCUCGGGCGUCCCGGGGCCGCCCGCAAAAAUGUGCUUCAAUAUGGGCUGCGUGCACCUGCUCGCCGGGGACCCAGAGGCCGCGCUGCGGGCGUUUGACCAAGCAGUGGCCAAGGAUGUGUACCUGGCUGUCGGCUUCUUCCAGCGAGGAGUGGCCAACUUCCAGCUGGAGAGGUCCCAGGAGGCCCUGUCCGACUUCCAGGUGGCCCUGGCCCAGCUGCGGGGGAACUCGGCCAUCGACUACACACAGCUGGGCCUGCACUUCAAGCUGCAGGCCUGGGAGGUGCUAUUCAACGUGGCAGCGACGCAGUGCCGGCUGGGACUCUGGGCCGAGGCCGCCCGCAGCCUGGAGGACGCCGUCUCCAAGGGGCCGGAAGGCGCCCGCCGGGACCUGGGCGGGGCCCUGGCCCAAGUGCAGGAACAGGGUACCCUGCAGCCUCGGAGUGUCCCCAGGGGCGAGGUCUUCCGGCCCCUGAGGCAGCACCUGGAGCACCUGAAGCCCAUGGAUUUCCUGGGCAAGGCCAAGGUGGUGGUGGCCUCUGGCACUGGCCCUCAGCAGCCCCAGGUUCCGGACCAGGGUUGGGGAGCCAGGCCCAGGGCGGGCCCAAGGGCCCACGACACAGGCCCCCGCGGAGUCAGCACGCCCCUGGGCCCCAGGACGCCCCCCAGCGCAGCCAUGGAGGUCGGAUCUGGACAGGCAGCAGGGCGGGCUGACCACCACGUGCCUGACACCGAGGCUGAGCAGAGACCCCACCGGGAGCAGGCUGGCCAGCAGGCUCCUGUGGGGCGGCCGGCGGCUGGGCGGCCAGACCGAGAGUCCUCUGAAGACCCGGUGGGUGCUGGGCCCCAGGGAGUGGCCGUCACGGUGCAGUGUGCCUUCACCCUGGCCCUGGAGGCCCCGAGAGGAGCCAGCCUGUCCAGCCUGCGGGCCCUGCUGUGCAAGGCCCUCCCUGCCCAGGCCCGGUGCGGGCAGCUCAGGUGGGCCCCUCUCAGCCCAGGGAGGGGGCACCGGGGCCAUGGUACCAGAGGCUGUGGUGCCAGAGUCGGCAGCCGCCCACAGCCCUGGCCUGCACAGGCCGGCAGCCCCUUGCUGGCCACGCUGAUGGGCCCCUUUGCAGUUACCGAGAGCCUGGUGAGAGUGGGCGCUGGGUCCCCCUGCUCGAGGGGCAGGUGCCGCAGCCGGCCUGGCAGGACGCGGCUUCUGGCCCUGCAGGGCUGCAGCUCCGGUGCCAGUGUCCCUCUGCCACAGGCAGUAGACGGCCGGCCUGUCCUCUGCCAGGUGGUGGCCCAGCACAGCUACUCUGCCGAGCGGCCUGAGGACUUGGACCUGCAGCCGGGCGACGCUGUGGACGUCCUGUGUGAAGGUGGGGCAGGCGGCGCCCUCUCCCCCUCACCUGCUGGGGCCACCGGGGCAGGCAGGGUCUGGGAGCGGACCUGGCAUCAGGCCCCGUCCCCUGCAGUGGACCGGGCGUGGCUGGAGGGCCACUGUGAUGGCCGAGUUGGCAUCUUCCCCAAGUGCUUCGUGGUCCCGGCCGGCCACCUGCGUGAGGAGCGCCGGCGGCCGUGUCGACACCAGCCCUGA